AUGUCACCUAAAGAUUCGAGACGUAGCUUCAUCGUCGGCGCAGCGAGCACUAAGUUCAUGAAACCCAGAGGAUUGAGGAAUCCUGAAGAUAUGGGUUUGGAAGCUGCCACCAAAGCGCUCCUCGAUGCAGGCAUUACAUAUGACGCAGUAGAGACUGCUUUCGUGGGAUACUGCUACGGAGAUUCCACUUCCGGCCAGAGAGCGCUCUACAACCUUGGCAUGACCGGCAUCCCUAUCACAAAUGUAAACAACAACUGCACGACCGGAAGCACUGCCCUGUACCAGGCGAACAAUCUAGUGGCUUCUGGCAUGGUGGAGUGCGCACUGGCGCUGGGCUUCGAACGUAUGGCUCCGGGCAGCCUCGCUACACAUUUCCCCGACCGCCCGCCUCCCAUGAAGCCAUUUGGCGAGGCAACGAUUGAAGCUGAACACAAUUUGAGCAGCGGAAUCAAUCGUGGGCCGAUCGCGCCGAGGAUGUUUGCUAACGCCGCGCAGGAAUACAUGGACAAGUACGGUGCGACUUUGACGCACCUUGCACAGAUAGCUGCCAAGAACCACAAGCAUUCCAUUCAUAACCCAUAUGCACAAUUCCGCAGAUAUUGGGGUGUAGGACAAGUGCUCGCGGCGCCGAAGAUCAACAAACAGUUGACCAUGCUCAUGUGCAGUCCUACUUCGGACGGAGCUGCCUGCUGCAUUGUCGCCUCCGAGGACUUCGUGCAUGCGCAUGGCCUCGAAAAUCAGGCCAUCGAGAUCGUAGCUCAGGCGCUCUGUACUGACGAGCCAUCGACAUUUGAGAGUAAGAGCCCCAUGGAGGUCGUGGGCUAUGCUAUGACCAAGAAUUGUGCGGACAAGGUCUUCCGCAAGGCAGGCUUUGAGGACGGCGAGGGCAGGGAUCAAGUCGGCGUCAUCGAGCUGCACGAUUGCUUCUCCGCGAACGAGCUUGUGGCUUACGAGGCCUUGGGCCUGUGCGGUCGUGGUGAGGCUCACAAGAUUGUUGAAAGGGGCGACAGCACCUAUGGUGGCAAAUACGUUGUGAACCCGAGCGGUGGUUUGGAGGCGAAGGGUCACCCGCUUGGGGCGACCGGUCUCGGGAUGCACUUUUACAUCGCCAUGCAAUUGCGAGAUUGGGCUGGUCCCAUGCAAGCACCGGGACUGUUCGACGGUGCCGACCGAAGGGGCAAAUACGGCCUUGUUCACAACAUAGGUCUCGGCGGCGCGGUCGUCUGCAGCCUCCUCCGUCGUCCGGAGUUCUAUCGCGCCGGAGGGGAGGAUGGCCGAUCGAGACUCGGUUACAAUCACGCACACGAAUGCAAGUCGAUCACGAAGGCGGAUGUUGACAAGGUUAAGUCUGUCAAGUUCUCGCCGUACAUUUUCGAGCGCGCGAAGCUUUGA